AUGUCGAAAUCAUCGCAUAACCAGGAAUCCGGAGGCAAGACUUCGCAUUCCGGACGGCCCCAAACCGUGACGAACGCAACCUUGGCAAAAUCAAUAACGACCUUGGACGAAUUCAAAAGCGGAUUCCCAUCGGAGGGCCUAUCCACCGUCUCCAACAAGUGGUGGGGAAGCGGCUUUCCCGAUGGCUACGACGGCGACGGAGCCAUCCACGCCGCCGAAUCAGCAGAUAAAGAGAAAGAGAGAAGUGAAAAUAAGGAGAAGAAUGCGGGUCCCACUACCCAAGGUACAGGUCUGUUGAUGGAUGUCAGAAAAAGGGCUGUAGAAGAAGGCAGAGAAAGUCUCAAGCUUGGCGUCGUCAGGGGCUUUUCUGCAAAGAAACUUGGCAAGAGAGAAAAGGCUUUGCUUCUCAGAAUGUUCAAGUCGUCUGCGCCACAAGACUGGAUUAGUUCGUAG